AUGGAUGCGAAGUUGGUGAAGAGUGAGGUCAAUAGCAAUGGAAGGCGACUACUAGGCAUGGCAACCGGUCCACAGGACGGCAGCGAGACGGUCAAGUUCGUCAAGAGAAGGAGACGAGAGCCUGCGUUUCUGGCGACUGCAACCUAUAGCAAUGGGGAGAUCAUUGAUCAGUCUGCUACCAGCAACACUACCAAAAGAAGUUCCAGGUUUCGUGGAGUGAGCAGGCAUCGAUGGACAGGCCGUUUUGAAGCUCAUUUGUGGGACAAAGCGUCUUGGAAUGUCACACAGAGGAAGAAGGGAAAACAAGUUUACCUUGGAGCUUAUGACGAGGAAGAAGCAGCGGCAAGAGCUUACGAUCUUGCUGCACUCAAGUAUUGGGGACCUACCACCUUUACAAACUUCCCGGUUUCUGACUACGAAAAAGAGAUACAAAUAAUGCAGAACGCAACUAAAGAAGAGUAUCUAGCCUCAUUAAGGAGGAAGAGUAGUGGUUUCUCAAGAGGCGUAUCCAAGUACCGGGGAGUUGCGAAGCACCAUCACAAUGGAAGGUGGGAAGCAAGGAUAGGAAGGGUUUUUGGAAACAAAUACCUCUAUCUUGGCACUUACAGUACUCAAGAGGAGGCAGCUCAUGCAUAUGAUAUCGCUGCAAUUGAGUACAGAGGGAUCAACGCUGUAACCAAUUUUGACUUGAGUACAUACAUCCGAUGGCUAAGGCCAGGGGCCACCAAUGCCUUGAACAGUACCCAAGUGCACCACGUCAGGCGUGAAGCUUAUGCAGAACAACCCCUCGCCAACCUCUUUUCAACAGCUGAAUCUGGAACACUACUCUCGCACCGCAGCCCCUUCGUCUUAGAGGAUAUGAUCUCACCAUGCAAGCAAGAGCUCGUACCUCAUGAGUUUCCUGGUAGCAGCUCAAGUAGCAAGUCCUCCCCAACUGCAUUAAGCCUCCUAUUUAAGUCCUCAAUGUUCAGGCAACUUGUGGAGAAGAAUUCUAAUGCACCCAACGUGGAGAUUGAGGGGGAGGACAUAAAGGAUCAGAGACAAAUACGGCCAGGAGCUGACAGUGAGUAUCAUGGGGUUUUUUACGAAGGAAUCGCAGAUGCAUCAUAUGGUUACUCUCCAAACGGCGACAACAAGCAAGGAAUUGAGCUGCAGGAGAGCAUUUCCUACUAUGAGCGGAGUGAGCAAGCAAUAUGGGAUAGGGUUGCGAACAUGGCCUCGUUGCAGUAG